AUCCAUUAUUUCUCUGAAAGUCCUGUAGAUUCUGAUUUCAGGCAACAAAAAUGGCUGACAACUCAAACCUGACAAGAAUAGGCCUUGCGGGUCUUGCUGUCAUGGGCCAAAAUCUUGCCCUCAAUAUUGCGGAGAAAGGGUUCCCCAUUUCUGUUUACAACCGGAGUACCAUCAAAGUUGAUGAGACUGUUGAGCGAGCCAAAAAGGAGGGAGACCUCCCUCUAUUUGGUUUUCAUGAUCCUGAAUCCUUUGUUCAAUCAAUCCAGAAACCUCGUGUCAUCAUCAUGCUUGUUAAGGCUGGGGCCCCUGUUGACGAUACCAUCAAAACUCUCUCCGUCUACAUGGAGAAAGGUGAUUGUAUAAUUGAUGGUGGUAAUGAGUGGUAUGAGAACACGGAGAGGAGAGCCAAAUCCAUGGCUGAACUAGGCCUGCAAUAUUUAGGAAUGGGAGUUUCAGGAGGUGAAGAAGGAGCCCGACAUGGCCCCUCUUUGAUGCCUGGAGGGUCCUUUGAGGCCUAUAAGUCCAUCGAGGAUAUCCUUCUCAAGGUGGCAGCACAGGUCCCUGACAGUGGUCCCUGUGUUACUUAUGUAGGCGACGGAGGAUCUGGUAAUUUUGUUAAGAUGGUGCACAAUGGGAUUGAAUAUGGUGAUAUGCAGCUGAUUGCAGAAGCAUAUGAUGUUCUGAAAACAGUUGGAAAGCUUUCCAAUGAGGAAUUACACGAGGUCUUUGCAGAGUGGAACAAGGGGGAGCUUCUGAGCUUCUUGGUUGAGAUUACUGCAGAUAUUUUUACAAUUAAGGAUGAUAAGGCAGAUGGUUAUUUGGUUGAUAAGGUCUUGGACAAGACUGGAAUGAAGGGUACUGGUAAAUGGACUGUUCAACAAGCUGCUGAUCUAUCAAUUGCAGCUCCCACAAUAGCAGCUUCUUUGGAUUCAAGGUUCAUCAGUGGAAUGAAGGAUGAAAGAACUGAAGCUGCAAAGGUUUUCGAAGCAGCUGGUGUUAAUGACAUCUUUGCUGAUCAAGAUGUUGAUAAGCAGCAACUGAUUGAUGACGUGAGGCAAGCUCUUUAUGCAGCCAAGAUUUGUAGCUACGCACAGGGGAUGAAUCUGAUCCGUGCAAAGAGCAUUGAGAAGGGCUGGGAUUUGAAGUUGGGAGAGCUGGCCAGAAUUUGGAAGGGAGGCUGUAUCAUCCGUGCUGUGUUCUUGGAUCGUAUCAAGCAGGCCUAUGAUAGGAACCCAGAUCUUGCAAAUCUUCUUGUAGAUCCUGAGUUUGCAAAAGAAAUUAUUGAGCGACAAUCUGCAUGGAGAAAAGUUGUCUGCCUAGCUAUCAGCUCUGGUAUAAGCACUCCUGGUAUGUCUGUUAGUCUUGCUUAUUUUGAUACUUACAGGAGGGCGAGGCUUCCAGCUAAUUUAGUCCAAGCUCAAAGAGACUAUUUUGGAGCUCACACCUAUGAGAGGACUGAUGGGCCAGGAGCCUUCCACACUGAAUGGUUCAAGCUUGCAAAUCAGUUGAAAUAAACUUCUUGCUCCUGGUCUUCAACUUGAUCAAGUUAUGUCACUAAACCUAAUAAGGUUCCCUCGGGACUGAGAAGUUGGGCAGAGCUUACUUUUUGUUUGGUCGAGUACUUUUGACUUUGAUAAAUCAAACUGUUGAAUUGUUUGUACUUCAUUUUGUUGUAUUUUUGUGGCUCUCCAUGAGAAGAUCCAACUGCUUUUGUGAUUCUGUUUUGAGGUUCUAAACCUUGCAAUAUAAAUCCAAAAUAAAAACGAAAUGUAGAAUCUUAA